AUGCGUCUUCGGCCCCUUAUCCCAUGCCCCUCGGCCCUCUGCCCUUGCUCCUCGGUCCCUGCCCCCUCGGUUCCUCAGCCCCUCGGCUUCUGCCCUCUCGGCCCCUCGGCAGCCACUGCCCCCUCAGUCCCUCAAAUCCUUGGCCCCUGCCCCCUCGGCACCUCGGUCCCUUCUCUCUUGGCCCCUCGGUCAAUGCCCCGCCGGCCCCACGACCCCCCGGCCUCUCAGCCUCUGCCCUUCGGCACCUACCCCUACUCCUCGGCCCUUGCCCCAUCUCCUCGGCUCCUGCCCCUGCUCUUUGGCCCCUGCCCCUGCCCCUUGGCCUCUGCCCUUCAGCUCUUCGACCCCUGCUCAUCGGCACCUGCCCCUCGGCUCCUUUCCCUCGGCCCCUGCCCCUCGGCUCAUGGCCCUCGGCCCCUGCCCUUUGGCCCCUCGCCCACUCAGCUCUGGCCGGUCGGCUCCUCGGCCUCUCGGUCCCUGUCCCUCGGCCUCUCGGCCCCUGCCCCUCGGUUCCUCGACCCCUGCUCCCUCGGUCCCUUGGCCCGGACCCCUUCGUGUAUUUCAGGCUAG